GGGUCGUGAGACAGCAUGAUGAUUCUGAUGACGAAAGCUCAAGCGAAGAUGAAAUUGAUGAUGAAGUAUUAUCCACUAACACCAACACACCAUCGACAUCUGGCUUCCAUGUGACCCAAGACGAUAUAAUGGAUGGCGUGUCACCCUUAGCUUAAGUUUUCUUGUUACAAACUACUUUAUAUUUUACGACAGAAAUAAAAAAUAAUGCUCAAGUAAACAUUAUCUAUUUUUAAUUUCAACCACUUCCAAAGUUCUAAGUAGCUAGUAAAGUGCUUAUUAUGAUUCUACAAUAAAACGUUUAAUUACUAUUAUAUUAUUAAACAAUAGCCUAGUACCAUGUAGUACUUUAGAACGCGACUGCACCCAUGCGCAGACACACUCCCUCCACUGUCGCUCAACGUUUCUUUUACGUUAAGGUACCUGUAUCUUGCUCGGUGCGAAACAAUGCCUACUCACUCUAUCCUUACCUUUCACACACGCGCUACCGCCGCCCGACCAGCUCGUGUCACCUCGCGCUGUGGAAUUUACACAUGUCAGCUUUGCGAACAUGUUGGGAAUUCCCAAAAUUGCAGGGAAUUUAAAGUUGGUUGGAGAUUGGUAUUAUGCGGGGAAAAUACGGGGAUUUUGGAAAUCCAGGGCCAAAUCAGAACCUUUUUUUUCAAGAAAUCUAAAUACUUAUCUUAACAUUUUGUUAGCUUACUUAUGAUAAUCGAAUGACUCCCUUUUUUUAAUUAUCUUUAUUGCACCACAUUUAAUUUUCGGAUUUAUUUCGGCAACUUUGUUGUAUCAUUUAAUGCUUUUCAUUUCUUUAUUUUUUAAUUUUAAAGUAAAAAAAUGUUAGUAAAAAGUAAAUCUUAUAAAAUUAAUUUAAAAUUGAUUCAUUUCUUUAAAAAAAAAAAUGAGGGGAAUUUGUGGGGGAUCUGUUGAAGUUUUGUUCUUAAAUUGGAGAAUUUAAUAUGAAUUUUUAGGGCUUUUGACAAAUUGGUGUUGGCAACGCUGCCAUGUUGCACUGAAAUUUAGUUUGCCUGCGACAAGAAUUAGAGGCGGCAAACACUAUAAAACUUGCAAGUAAUUUUUAAUAAUGCACCUCUUUUUAAAUGCAAAGUAUUGAUCGGUUUAAAUACGGAAAGUCAAUUAAAAUAAAGUAAAAGUAUUAUUUUUUACAUUAAUUCUGAUAGAUUAAAUAACUGUCGAUCAUAAUUGCAAUUUCUAUUUUCUUAUACAAAAUCAAAGCUAACGAUGAAAUAGUGUUUAUAAUUGUGUAAGUGAGUACUGAGUACCCAAUUAGGUACGCGUAUUAAUUUCGAUAUAACUUUUGUAGUAAAGAACUGCUUCUUGCGUCAGGGUACAAUUGAUUGUGUAAUUGUAUUAAAAAUGAUAACCAUAACUUCUAAAUUUCAUAUGAAGACUAAUCGUAGGGAUAACUAAACUUAUAAAUAAAAUAAACGUUGGCAAUGUCGUAACGGUUUAAUGGUCUGUGGGAUUGAUCAGUGCUUCAAGGACGUUACGGCGCACGAGGCACUUGUUUACUUGUUUUGGCGGGAUUGAUUAUUAAUUUUAAUUUUUGAGACAGUUCCGUGUUGACUAUCACGUGCGCGUGAGCGACAGUUUAAUCGUUUUGUUUAUUACAUUCUUGUUGUUAUGUUUUAUGUUUCUCGUUUUGUUUUGAUAAUGCCUAACGCGUAGGUACGUUUAUAGUGCUCAUGAAUACGGCAACAUGUUAAUGUGCCUUGGAGAAUGUCAUAAGGCCACGGAGGAUUUAGAUCGGUAAGCUGUUUCAUACCUAUUUUUUUAAAUAACUUAGUACGUAACUUGUCUGAAUAGGUACAUAAUUGAAUACAUCAGAAUAAUAAACAUACCUACACGAUGGAUAAAAAAGCAAGACUAACCUUGUUAACAUUUCGUUUAAGAAUUUUUUCGAAUCGAACCAGGUAUUCGAUUUAUUUAACCUGUGAAUAAAGUGGCUAGGUGGAGACAAGCACAGUGACAAAAUAGUAGGUUAAGUAGAUAAGUUAGGUAUUUAAACAAGUGUUGUAAAUUGUUAGGUAUUGUGGUACCAUCGCUAGCUGCGGGUAGCACGAAUUUGGCAUCCGGGCGUACAUUGAUCCCUAAUCAGCUGAUUGUAAUACCACUGCUGGUUUUAUGUUUCAGUAUUUUCAUGAUCUUUUUUUAUGAAAUUAUCGUUUCAUUUAGCUGUACUAACAUGAUGGACUGUGAAUAAAGUUAAUAAAACGUUGUGAAAAGAUAAUUUUUUUCCUUGGGACCGAGUUUAUUUGUUACCCAUCAUCAAAUGUAUCCUUAGUACUAUCGUCUGUUUUCGUUUUCGGGAGCGUUUCACAAACACCCGGUAUGAUUUACUUAGACUUGGUUGUUAAAUCCCUCAUAAAAUCCACUCCAAAAGUGGGUGCUUAAAUAUCAACUUUGUCUUGCUUUUGACAUUGUGGGGUUUUUGGCUUGGGUGGGUGAGGUUAAAAUUUUAAAAUUAUCAAAUUUUAUAUAUUUGUUAAUUUACUUACAUGCCAAGAUGAUUGUCUCAGUUGUUCAAAAAAUAGUUGAUAUUAUUUGAAAUCUUGUGCUUCUCAUGUAGUCCCAUAUAAAUUUGAUCAAGAUCUGACCAGUAAGUUUUUGAGUUAUCCUUAAUAGUGCAUAUUUAAUUGACUUGGACUACAUGCAUGAUGUUCUCAUUUUACUUAUAUUGUAGUCGAUUGUAUAAAUUUUUUAAUUUUGCCACUUGUUAUCAUAGUAGUAAUAAAUAUUUUCGAUAUGGAGAAUGACCAAAAGCUGGGUACAAUUCAAGAUGAUUGUGUGACUGUGAAAAUAAUUGUGCCGCUUGCAGAACUGGUUUUAUAGGUACUCAUUGAUACAAGUCCAAAGUGAAUAGGCCGAUGUGACAUAAAAAUAUUUGUUUUAGCAGUUCAUGUCAGCAGGCUCAGUUUUUCUAACUACGGCAGUUUAGGGCAAGUUACCUUAAAUAAAUUCCCUACCCAUGUUAAAUACAUUUUGUCUCAUGUCUUCCAUAAUAAUAUUUAACAACAUACUGAUCUCUAUAAAUGAAGUUCACUUUAUAGUGUAUUGUAUUCAUUUGUAUAAUAUUGUAAUGAUACAAGCACAUAGUGAAUAGGCAGAUGUGACGUAAAAAUAUUGGUCUUAGGUAGCACUUUAUGUCAGCAGGCUCAGUUGUUCUAACUACGGCAGCUUAGGGAUCAUGAUAAUGUAGGUAAUAUUUCUCUCGCUGCCGCCUUGCCAAAUAAAACAUCUUAUCGAGUGUGCAUAAUCGAAAUGCUUAAUGUGUUCCUCUCAUUAUUUACGUACAUGUCCCCAAUUCGUACAAAUGCCGCCUAAAGAACGAUCACUACACGUGCGAUCGAUAACUUACUACCGUUUUGCCUACUAUUACAAUUACUAAAAUAUGACGAAGUAUAGUGCUAUAUCUAAAAUAGUAAAUUGGUUCAAUGUUAAUAAUUUGUAUUUAAAUGGUACUAAAACGAAAUGUAUGAAAUUCAUGACUCCAAAUGUCAAACAAUUAACUACUAAUGUAAUUUUAAAUGGGAAGAAACUGAAUCUUGUAGAUACCACUAUUUUUCUUGGAAUCAAUCUAGACGCGAAGUUUCAAUGGAGUCCCCAUAUAUCAAAACUAGCAAGCAGACUUAGUUCUGCAGCAUAUGCUGUAAAAAAGAUUAGAAGUCUAACCAGUGUUGAAACAGCUAGACUAGUUUACUUCAGCUAUUUCCAUAGCAUAAUGUCGUAUGGUAUUUUGCUAUGGGGACACGCAGCUGACACUGAAAUUAUAUUUGUCUUACAGAAGAGGGCCAUAAGAGCAAUUUAUGAUUUAAAGCCUAAAGAGUCGCUGCGACAAAAAUUUAAGAAAAUUGAUAUAUUAACUUUAGCCUCUCAAUACAUUUAUGAAAAUGUAAUGUACGUACACAAAAAUAAAAGUAGUUUUACAAAAAUAAGUGAUAUUCAUUCUGUAAAUACUAGGAACAGACACAAGCUAGUAGUACCAGUUACUCGACUCCAUCAAGUCAGUAAUUCAUUCUUGGGGCGAUGUAUACGCUUUUACAACAAAAUUCCAGAAAAUAUACAAAGUUUGACCUGCUCAAAGUUCAAAAACUUUAUUAAACUAAGUUUGUAUAAAAAGGGUUAUUAUAAUAUUAAGGAAUUUAUAGAUGAUAAUAACCCCUGGAAAUGAGGUGAUCGCUACCAAGCUAUUUCUAAUUUGUUGUGUUGUUAAUUUGUGUAACAUCAUGAUUGUAAGCUGUUAUUUAAAAAAAAAAGUCCCGCUGGGUUUCUUGCUGGUUCUUCCCAGGACAGAUAUUUUUUCCGAACCAGUGGUAAUCAAACAAAAGAGUGACUUUCAAUAAGUAUUAUUUAUAAUCUAUAUUGUAUAAAAAAGUUUCUGUUUCUGUUUCCUUUGCAAUUCCUAAAUAUUAUUUCCUUCACUUUCACAUCUAUAACAACAUUCAAUAACCUGUAAUGUCGGAAGGUAUUAAAUGAAAAGGAGACGUGUUGCUCAGUUCAAGACUUUAAUUAUACUGCUUUUAACAACUACAACUACAAUGAACAUUAAUUAUAAGUCGUGUGCUCGUGUGGGCUACUCUACACUAUAAACCUAAACAACACCUUUAAAUGUUAUAAACAUUUUAGAAAUUUCUUGAGAGACUGUUUUAUUGAUAUAAAAUUUCCGUUUCAGGUCAAAUUGCUGACCAUUUGGCUCUCAAUGGUUAUCGUAGCCAUAUUUAUAAUAUUUAUACAAACAAAGAUGUCGACAAAGGCCAGCACAGUGACACGAAAAACAUUCCAUGUUUUGGCUUCUUUAGUUUUUCUCAGUGGAAUCCUGACAGAUAUUCCUCUGAUGACUUUAGCCGCAGGCAUUGGACUUGCACUUUUGAUAUUUACUGAGGCCCUGAGGAUAUGCGGAAUCGAACCGAUUUCGUCAGCGCUUCAUUCGGCUUUCGUUGUUUAUAGUGAUGAAAAGGAUAGCGGUGUGCUUGCAAUGACGCCGUUAUACCUGUUCACUGGGCUGGCUUGUCCACUAAUACUGGCGCCAUCAGAGGCCCAGCUGGACAUGCUGGCGGGCGUUUUGGCGGUUGGCGUUGGUGAUACAGCUGCUAGCUGCAUUGGUUCGACUUUCGGAAGGACGCACUGGGCUGGUAGCAAUAGGACUUUGGAAGGCACAGCGGCUAAUAUCUUAUCGCAAGUGGCUGUCAUAUGUAUGCUGCAAUAUUUUGAAUUAUUAGAAACAAAGAAUGCAAUAAUACGAACACUGAUAGCAGCUACUGUAUCGGCGUCAGUGGAAGCGAAAACGGACCAAGUUGAUAACUUAAUUCUUCCUCUUGUAACUAUAUUAGUUUUUCAAGUAACAUAUUUCUUGUCAUGACGAUUUAUGAAAACUGGGUUUUGUCAUUUUGAUCUAGAGAUUUUUUUUAAUCUAAUAUAAAUACAGGAAUGAUUAUUAUAUGUUAAAUACUACAACAAUAAAGGUGACGAACUAAGGACAAAGUAAUGCUGUGAUAUUUACUUUUAGAUUUUCCAUUUUUUUCCUGUGGGAUAUUUACUGAGGCUAAAACGUAAGAAAGGCUAAAGACUCAGUUUUCUUUUUCAUCACCUCCUUGCAUUUGUAUAACGCAGUACUUUAAGUAAUACUAGCAACCCGUCCCGGCUUCCAGGAUUUAUUAAUGUGGCGUUAUUUAGUUUUAAUUAAAGUAUCAAAAAUUGUUUAUCUUAUCAAUUUUUCGUUUUUUUUUUAAUUGCUAAGUAUUUCGAAAAAAAUGUAUACAUUGCUCUCCAUCUGUUCGUGAAGUUUCAUCGCAAUCGGUUCAGCCAUAUCGAAGAUUAGUCUGGAUAGACAGACAGACACACAUUUAAUUAAUGGUUAUUCAUGUCUUAAUUACUCGUAAAUGAAUCCCUAAGUCCAAAAAAAGCCAGCUAUUUCAAUGUUAAAGACAGAAAGUUCAAUUUUAUUUAUAUAAAUAGAUAGAGUUGACAAAGCAGAAAAUUGUGCCAUAGCCAUAACCAGUCAGGAGGACAUAUGUACUCGUAUUAUGUUAACUGUUUAUAUUUUUUAUAUUCUAUAAACAUUCCAUGUGAAGUUUUUUAUUACAUUAAUAUAAUAUUUU